UUUGCCAUCAAAAGAGCGCCUCUCAAAACAUAUCCAACCUCAUUUCUAUUUGAUUUCUUACUUAAAAAUCAAAAAUCAACUUCCCAAUCUCCUCCCACUUCAAUUCAAAUCCUCAUUUUCGAUACUUGGAGUCCCAGAAGUUCAAAAGGAUAUUUUCAGAAAAUAUGGAGAUCGAUAAAGCAAUCAGAGAAAGUGAUGACCGGAGGCUCAAGACUAAAUAUAACAACGCUAUUUAUGUUAUUCGAAGAGCACUCGCUCUAUACUCUAUUGAAGAGGUUGCCUUCAGCUUCAAUGGAGGGAAAGAUUCAAUUGUCUUGCUUCACCUUCUUAGGGCUGGCUACUUUUUGCAUAAGGGGGAGCAAAGUUGUUCAAAUGGGAGUGUGUCAGAUUUUCCGAUUAGGACUAUAUACUUUGAGAUCAGUUCAGCAUUUCCUGAAAUUAAUUCAUUUACCUAUGAUACGGCCACUACUUAUGGUUUGCAAAUGGAUAUCAUUCGCCUAGAUUUCAAGACUGGGUUGGAGGCUUUGCUAAAGGCUAAACCAAUUAGAGCAAUCUUCCUUGGUGUUCGAAUUGGUGAUCCUACUGCGGAGAGGAAGUUUAAUUCUUUGUCAAUUAGUUGGGAUUGGUUUAAUGCAACUUUCUCAACAUUCAACCAUCAUAAAGUUUCUGUCUUAAUAGAUGUAUGGGCAUUCAUCUUAACUUGCAAGGUCCAGUACUGCAGUCUUUAUGAUCAGGGUUAUACUUCAAUUGGGAGCGUACAUGACACAGUCCCAAAUGCAUUGUUGUGCAUCAGCAACUCCUCCAGUGGUGAAGGGAAGUUUAAACCUGCAUAUUUACUUUCUGAUGGAAGAUUAGAGAGAGCAGGAAGAGUAAAAAAAAUUCAUUCGUCAGCUUGUGGGAAACUUCCUGCUGUAAAUAAUGGUCUGGAAAUUGUUGAUUCGCAUAAAAGGAGCAUGCUCACAGCCUCAAUCAUUGCUGUGGGUGAUGAGAUUUUGUCUGGCACUGUUGAGGAUCAGUUGGGACCUUCCUUGUGCAAAAAGUUGCACUCCAUUGGUUGGCUGGUAACGCAAGUUGCUAUUGUUAGGAAUGACAUAGAUUCUGUCGCUGAAGAAGUUGAUCGACUAAAGUCUAAUAAUGAUAUGAUAUUUAUAUAUGGAGGGGUUGGUCCAGUGCAUUCAGAUGUUACCUUAGCAGGUGCCGCAAAGGCAUUUGGGGUUCGCUUGGCCCCUGAUGAAGAAUAUGAAGAGUAUCUGAGGCAUCUCAUUGGUAACCAAUGUACCAGUGAUAGAAAUGAGAUGGCCCAGUUGCCAGAAGGAAUUUCUGAAUUAUUGCACCAUGAAAAGUUGCCAGUGCCUAUGAUAAAGUGCCAAAAUGUUUUCGUCCUUUCUGCGACAAAUGUUACUGAGCUUGACAAAGAGUGGGAUUGUUUCAUCGAGUUAGCAAGAUCUAAUGGCUCUUUGGUAUUAAUGGAACCGUAUGCAUCAAAAUGCUUAACAACAAAGCUAUCAGAUGUAGAAGCUGCUCAAGUUCUAUCAAAACUUUCUCUUGAAUUCCCAGACCUUUAUAUUGGUUGUUAUCGCAAAUCCAGACACGAACCUAUCAUCAUUCGUGUUGAGGGAAAGGACGGAGCGCGAAUUGAAUCAGCAGUGAAUGCACUAUACAAGAAAUCACGAGCUGGGGCAUUCUCUGAAAUCUUGUAGGGUAAGUAAAUCUGCUUAUCUGUGGAAGCAGGGCAGAAGAAGCUUCAGAAACCUAAGCUCUUUAGUAGCUAUAACAGCAACUCGAGAUUUGCAAUAUGCUUGGAGCAGUAAAUAUAUUUUCUGUUGGAAUUUGAUGCGAAAAGGGAUGAGAGAAGUUUCUUGCAAUAUGGAUGGAAAAGGAAAAAGAUGAAGGAGCGGAGAUUAUAAGGUGUAGAUGCUCUAUUAAUGGGUGUGAAGCCUUAAAAGAUGAACAGUAUUAAUUAACAUUCUCUACUAAUGAAUUUUAUAUUAAAUUUGAGAGAACUUAGAAUAUAAUAUUUAAAUUUCACUUGAAAAUUUUUAUGAUGUCUGUUUAAAUAAUAAAUGUUCGAGAAGUAUACAAUGCAAUGGUAACAUCCUUGACUAAUAUAGUUUUAUGUAAAUUUUUAGUCAUAAAUCAAUGUAAUUGAACAUUAUUGAAUCCGAA